AUGAAUAUAAAAUCAAAGACAUUGCUAGAAUUGCUUGUACUUUCUAUGCUGGUUGUAAUAGUACGUUUAGCUUACUCGAGUGAAACAAAUGUUGCAAAUGAAUGGGAAUCAAGGAAAUCUGCUAAUAAAAUGUGUGUAAAAGCAGACGAAAUAAUUAGAGCCAGGCGUAAGUCAUGUCUAUUACGGCCUGACACGGGGCCCUGCCGAGCUGAUAUUGUCUCAUGGUAUUACGAUGCUAAGAAAUACAGGUGUUACCGGUUCUUCUGGGGGGGCUGCCAGGGGAACGGCAAUAGAUACGUUACCCUUCGAGAUUGUAUGAACUAUUGUUACCUGAAUGAUUCAAUGGCAGGACCGCGCGUACCACAUUUUUGCUCUCUAGCAUUCGAUUUCGGCACAUGUUAUGGUAGUUACAAUCGUUGGGCCUGGGAUCCUUUACACAAGGAUUGCAGACGUCGCUUGUAUUCGGGCUGUGGAGGAAACCAAAACAAUUUCGAAACUCGAGAAGAAUGCUUCGCAACAUGCGUCACUGGGGCAGACAACGAUAUCAAUUAUGUGCCUACUACAUGUAUACCGUUCACCCUUCCUGAUGCUGAUUAAAAACAAAGU